CUCAAAAAAAAAACACAACAAAAACUUCCCGACUCCUCAACCGGAACAAUUCAGAAGACGAAGACGAGACGGUAGGUUUUUCGAUGGAGCAUAUUCUGUUUUUGGUGAUUCUGUUAUUUGCGUUGCCGAAUUGCGAAUCGUGGAACUGGUUCUCGUCUUCUUCAUCUUCGGGCUCUUCUAUGGGGUCUUUUAAGCGUGUUGAGGGUGGAAGUGUUUCGGAAUUUUCAAUUGAGGGUUUUGAUGAUCAAAAGGGGGUGAGGCGAAUUGAGAAUGCUAAGAACAAGUUGAGUACGUCUAAUUCUUGUUGGGAAGGUGCUUAUAGGCAUCUCUUUGCGGGCUGCUCUGAGAUUUUUGCUGCAGAUGAGAAACGGUCUAGAUUUGCUUGGCAUCUUAGCGAUUGCUUUCAGAAGGACUCUGGCAGGCCUCCUUUUCCUUCUUGUGAUGCGGAAUCCCCCAUGGCCAAAUGCCUCAAAUACCUGAAUGAACAUGAGCAUAGGAUCUAUCUUGAGUUCUACCUUGAAACUAACUCCAUUUGUCAUCAGCUACAGGCUCAUGCUUUCAAGCAUGACACAGAGAGGCUAGUGAAUGAACUGAAGAGAUCUUCCGAAGCUGCAGAAGGCAAGUUAGAAUCCAUCGAAGAAAAAUCGGAAUCUCUGCUGCAAAAUUCAUAUCAAAUUUAUGAUUCCUUGAACUCUACUGGUGUUCAAAUACAAAAAAUGGUUCAAACAUCAAGAAAACUAGAAGAUCACAUGGGCACUGUAUUAGAGCACUCUGAAGCAGUUUACGAACAAUCCAAGAAGAUCGAAACAUCCCAGUUGGAACUCCAAGAAGGUCAGUUAAAACUGAGAAGAAGUUUGGAGGAAGGGAUGGAAAUGCUUCAGGAUUCCUACAGCAACCUUGGCCGAGAGAUGGACGGUUUACGAGAAGAAGCGAUCGAAAUCGAAAAGGAGAUAGCCAAAGUGGGAGAUUCAAUGUCUUUGAAGAUGAAGUACCUGCAGAGCACGGCUGAUGAUAUUGGGAAUAUGGCAGGGCUUUCAUUGGACAAACAACAAGAACUUCUAGAUGCUCAAUCCACAGCACUCAAUGGUCUUCAUUCUUUAAGCAAAGUUCAAUCAGAAGCGCUAGAGGAUAGCAGGCGUAAGCUGCAACAAUUGGCUGAAUAUGGCCGCAAACAACAGGAUGAGUUUCUUCAGCGACAAGGACAACUCCAACAACUUCAUGAUCGUUUGAUGGACAAUUCAAAUUCAAUCUUGGAAGCUCAGCAAUCAUUUGAAUCAAAGCAAGCAAAUAUGUUCAUUGCUUUAGAGAAGCUUUUCACCUUGCACAAUGCAAUGUUGCUCGAAUCUCGACUAAUCAAAGUUUUCCUCAUUUACUUCAUUUUAAUCUUCAUCGUCUACAUGUUCAGUAGCACCAAGCAAACUUACACCGUUAGGCCCUGGCUAUAUAUCGAGCUGUGUGUUGCAUUCUUAAUCGAAGUAGGCAUACUACGGUUUGAGAUGUUCAACAUGGAGCAGAAAACAUGGAUCAUAAACUCGGUGCGGACAGUGUUCUUGCUUGCUGCUUCUCUUCAGCUUCUACAUGCCAUUUGCACAUACAGAGACUAUGAUGUUUUAAACCAUCACAUGCUAUUAAUGUUAAUGGAAAGGAUCAAUGGAAUGCAGACACAAAAUAAGAUAUGUUGGGAAAGUGAUAGUGAGGUGAAUUGGUCAUCAUGGAUUGACACAGAGUUAUCUGAAGAUGUUGAUGAUCCUGAUUUUGUUCUUCCAGAAGAAGUGGGAGAGAAUUCAAUCACCAGUGCUUUAACAACAAGAAGGUACAAUCUUCGCCAUCGACCCCUUCGUUAGUAAUUUAUCUUUCGUAAAUGCUGGCUGUACCUAAAUAUUUAACGCUUUACUUUGUAAUUUAAAGUGAUAGUCUCUGUUUUGGAGACAUAUAUAGGAAGGUUAUGUUGUUAUGUACCAUUUUUUUUUUUUCUUUUGCAUAGUACAUUGAGAAAAGUUGAUUAUUGUAAACGAGUUCCAUCUAUUUAAU